AUGUCACCCUCCCCCACGAUCCUUCUCCCCCACCUCCCACCAAAGACCCUCGUCGGCAUCGACCUCAUAACCUUCGCCUCGACCCCCAACUUCCACGGCAUCCGCGAUCUGCCACCCGGAUGGCACUUCCUAUACACAGGCACAACAGAGAGCCUGUCAUUAAGAUGCGGCUGGUGGUUCCACGUCGGCGAAAGCGAGGGCCUCGACGGCACAGUCAUCUCGCCAAACGUGGGGCCAGAAGUGCUGAUCUGGAAAUGGGACACGAACACCGAAUCGCUGGCGCCGAUGACCGCCGCAACCGACGCAGAUAGGCAGGAGGCGAUGCGGUACAGGGCGAACCUGGGCGCCGUCUGGCAGGCGGGUGGCCUGUUUCGGUACCGCAGUCGCGUUCCGCUGUCGUCAGUGUUAGCGCGGGAUCAUGGCCCGGGGCGGCGGGCGCCGGAGGCGCAGAGAUCGCAGGCUAGAGAUGAAGCGAAUGAGGAGGAGGGGAGAGAUGAUUGGUAUGGUUUGACGGAUAGGUUGUCGCCAGAGGUGUUGGCGCGGAUUAUCGGGGAUGCUCAGUUGGAUGUCAAUGGUCAGCCGCGCUGGAUGCUGACUUCGGCUAGUACGGCGCGGCAGGACAGUGAUGAUCUCUCGGGGCUUGUGGAUUCGGCGCAGGCCUCUGAUGGUCUGGCGGAGACGAUCGAGAGGGAGGAAAGUGUGCUUUCGCUUCUUCCGGUUGACUUGAAAAAGACGUGGAGGGAGGGAGCGGUUGGACGAGAGAGAACUGAAGGCGCUCAGGACCGGUCCUGGGCUCUGGGAGAUCUUAUCGAUCGGCUGUCUGAGAAGGACGGUGGAGGUGCCAGGACCGGAGAAGCGCAGGUGCUAGGCGAAUUGCAGUUCACUUUCCUGAUGGUCUUGACCCUGAUGAACUACUCGUGUCUCCAGCAGUGGAAGAGGCUGCUUGAGUUGAUCUUGACCUGUCAGAGUGCUAUCAAAGACCGGGAGGUCUUUGUGCGGGAUGUGCUCCGCCUGCUUUUGCUCCAGCUUAAACGGUCCGACGACGUCGAUGGUGGACUUUUCGACCUUGACGGGGAAGAAGGGGGCAAGUUUCUUCGGAAGCUACUUAUGAAGUUCCGGAUAUCCUUGUACGAGAUUCUAGACGGCGUCAGCCCUGCGGUCAAGGCUGAGUUCGAGAGGCUCGAGGCAUGGGUCAAGAAUGAGUACGACUGGGAGCUGAACCGGGUUGCGUUUGUCCGGAAAGGAAUCGUCCAACUGGAAGAUGGGGAGGAGGUGGAAUUGGACAUGAACGAGGAUGAUGAAGAUGACGAGACCGGAGAGUAUGCUCCUCUCGUGGUGGAUUUAGAAGAGACCACAGACGCACAGAGCUAA